CACAGAAUGUAUAUUGUGUUGGAAUAGAAUAAAUGGUUAUUUUAUUUAUUACAAAAUUCGGUUUGCCGUGUAAAAAACUAUCAUCUUUGACAGUUAUCCCAACCUUGAAGGGGAGGGGCUAGGGACUGAUACAUCAGUGCGGAAAACGGUAGAAAACGAUUGAAACUGGUCCUCGCACCUUUUCUAUUCACUCAUAAUUAAUUUUAUUACUGAUGUACUAAUUUAGAUAAAUUUUCAAAGUUUUCAUAUUAUUGUUCCUUUUUAUUGGAUUUAGCCCGAAAACCUGAAUCUUAUUUGGUAUCACUCUUAUAAAAUAUGUCAUUUUUUGUCAGUCACUUGUCCAUAUCUGUCAAUCACGUACUGUCAAUAUCUGUCAGUUAUGUCCUUUUAUUUUCUGCAACUAAUUCUGUCAGUGAAAUCAAUCUAAUUAUUUCGUAUUCAAUGUCAUUUUCGUCAUUUUGUUGGUCUGCAAUUUAAAUUUUUAUUAAUUAAAUUUUGAUUUUAUAAUUAUAUUAUUAAAGACGUUAUUUUUUUUUAUAUUACAAUGGAUUUUCCUGUAGAAGAAAGUACUACUCAGAAAAUACCGAUUUUAUUAGAGAAAACUAUAGAAAGAGUCAUUGCUCGAACACAACCAAACGAUCUAUUACAAAAAGAUGUUUUUUUCAUACUAAUUAUCACAUUAAUGGUUGAAAACGGUUUUACGCCUAUAUCAGAUGAGUUCAAAUGUAUGGAUAUAAAGUCAUAUCUAGAUAUUUUUUCUGGACAAGAGGCAAAAUUUGUUUUGAUGGGAUUUCAAGAUAUUUCAGUAAAAUUAAUAAUGUCACCUUUAGGUGCCAUGGUUUUGUUAAAUAUAGUGAUAAGUGAAUUAAAUUUGGAUACAUAUUCCAUUUGCUUGCCAGUGAGUCGCUAUGUUGUGUCUUUACAUGCUUCUACCAUUCCACUGAUGUUCCGAGAUUUAAGACAUCUGGCAUUUACUUUCAAGAAUAAAAUGGUAGUUCCAGUAAAAAGUAGAAUUUUAAGUCACAGUGGAUAUCCUAGUGCAAGUUUAAUUGGAUUACCUGAAGAAGUUUUCCAUAGAAUUUUACUUUAUUUACCUGUAAGUGAUGUAAUAAAUGUUAGUAAAACAUGCAAUAGAUUGCAAAUGUUAAUUGCAAAUGAAAGUUUAUGGCAUGAUUUAUUCAGAAGAGACUUCCAAGAACUCCAAACAGAUAGGAGUGAUUGGAGAAAUCUCUAUAGAGAAACAUUUAUUACAAGAAGCGAUGAUAAUUUAAGACACAUUAGGCAAAAUUAUAUAAAUAAUUACACAAAUUUUCCAUUUAAUAUAGACAAUUUUAUAUGGGAUGUAAUAUGACAGUAAUGAUAUUAUUUAGAAACAACUUUUAUUGAUUUAGACAAUCAUAAUAAGAUUUCUAUAUUGAUGGAUUGUAUAUAAAAAUUUACUUAUAAUGUAACUUUCAAAAGAAGCAGAUUUUCAAUUUGUCUGUUUUUUUUUUAACAUAUGUUAAGAGAAAUCAGCAAUUUUGAAUCAAUCUAGAUAAUUCUAACUACAUUUGAUAGUUUACUUCUCCAUUAGUGCUUUAUCAAUUUUGUCAUAAUUGAACCUGCUACUUUGAAAAUCAAAUUCUACUUAUAAACAAUUACUUUCAUAUACUAAAUUAUUUUAAGUUAGGCAGGAAAUAGUCAUCGCUUAUAGACUUUUUUUUAUACAACUUAGAAUGUCAAACAAGCUGACGGCCCACCUGAUGGAAAGUGGUAACCGUCCCCUAUAAACAUGUGCAAUGUCAUGGUCAUAACAGAGUAUGCUGUUUCUCCCAUUAUACCUCUUAUGUAAUUUGGCUGUUUAUUGCAUAACUAAUUUCAACUAAAAUAUUUUAAAUUUAUUAUGGCUAUAAAACAUCUUGUUGUUCAUGAGAAUAUUGAAUUCAAUAUUGAUUUUGUUGCAGUUGAUAUUAGUGUUUUGUUUUGGUUAACAAAAUCUGUUUAUAUUUUACAAUCACUAUUGCUUCACUUCAAUUUUAUUUGACACAACUUUUGUACCUCUAACUUGUGUACUGUCCCUGUUGUUUUAUCUAAUAGAAGCUGUAUUUCUUUGAUAAUUAAAUUUUAAAGUAAUCAGAUAAAUAUAAAGCUGGUGAUAUCAUUCAAGCAUUAAAGACACUAAUUGCUAUGCAGUCAAACUGGCAAAAAAAAUGUUACACCUUUGAAUAAUAUGAACUUUAAUGUAUCCUUGUUACUUGUUAAUCAAUAAGAUAAUGAAUUUGAAUACCUAGUUUUUGUAAUAUUCUAUGUUAUUAUUAAAUUAUAAUAAAAGUAGUAAUGAGUA